AUGUCCUCGGACUCUGGCUCCCCGGAAUCGUGGAUUGCUAGCUUCUGCGCCCUCCUGGGACAUGAAUAUUUCGCCGAGGUAUCUGAGGAGUUCAUCGAGGACGACUUCAACCUGACAGGUCUCCAGACCCAGGUGUCCAUGUAUAAAGAAGCACUGGAGAUGAUCCUGGACGUGGAACCCGAGGACGGGGACGAUGAUGAAGAAGACGACGACGAAGACGACGACGACGACGACGAGAACGAGUCCGCGGUCGGGGGUGGCCAGGAGCGCAUGGGCGGUCGGCCAGGCGAGCGCAGGCAUCACAGCAGGAUGGCCAGCGACCUCUCCGUGAUUGAAUCAUCAGCCGAGAUGCUGUACGGCUUGAUCCACCAACGAUUCAUAUGCUCGCGCGCCGGCAUCCAGCAGAUGAGCGAGAAAUACGAGCUCGGCCACUUUGGCUGCUGCCCGCGGACCAACUGCGAACAGGCCAGGACGCUACCCGUCGGCCUGUCCGACAUACCUGGCGAGGACACCGUCAAGCUGUUUUGCCCGUCCUGCCUGGACGUCUACGUCCCGCCCAACAGCCGCUUCCAAACCGUCGACGGGGCCUUUUUCGGCCGCACCUUUGGCGCCCUCUUCCUCCUCACCUUCCCCGAGUACGAUCUCACGAAACGCGGCAUCGACGUCCUGUCCGCCCUGACGUCGCGGGUGCCCGACGAGGAGCGCCUGGUCAACGGCAUGUACGCUAAGAACAUCGCGCCGGGCCUGGGAUCCAGCCGCAUCUACCAGCCCAAGAUUUACGGCUUCAGAGUAUCGGAGCGCGCUCGCUCCGGCCCGCGGAUGCAGUGGCUUCGGGACCGACCAGCCGACGUCAACGACCUGGACGAGGCGCGCAUCUACGCGGCGCGGUGCCCCGACCUGGACGAUGAGGAUGAGUCCAUGAACGUCAACGGACGGGUCAUGGUCCGUCGCCGACCGCCCGGCGGCAGCGCUCGCCAGCGCCUACGACGGAACCAAAACGGCAGCCCCAUGGCCCUGUCGACCAACGGUGCCGACUCCGAGCUGUAG